GUUGUUGCUUCAGUGUGAUGUCACUUCCUGUUUACGUCCCGGUUGGCUCUACUUCUUCCGGUUGAUCUAUUGGAGACUGCAGAUUCGGGAGACUCUCCACCCACGGCUAGCUGCCUGCUAACGCGCAGCAGCGGUUUCCAGGGCGACCAUGAACAUUCUGCCGAAGAAGAGCUGGCACGUGCGCAACAAGGACAACGUAGCGCGCGUGCGGAGGGACGAAGCGCAAGCGGCGGCGGAGGAGCGCGAGGCCCAGAGGCGCGUGGAGCGAGCGGAGCAGGAGGCUCGGACAGAAUAUCUGAGGAGGAAAUCCAGAGCUGCUCUCCAGGCGGCUGGAGGACGAGGAGAAGAUGGAGAGGAUGGAGGAGGAGGAGGAGGUGGAGGUGGAGCUCUGCAGCAUCUCAACCUGUUUCCUCUGGAGGAGUCCUCAGAGAAGAAGGGCAACGAGGAGUAUCUCCGAGAGAAGAAGGAGGAGAAGGAGAAGCAGGAACGAGCCAUCGGACUCCUGGUGUCUUUGGGACCUCAGCCGGGAUCGGAGGCGACGCCGUGGUACCUGAAGGGCAGCAGAGACGAAGAGGAGAGGCCUGGAAAAGAAAAGAAGAAGAUGGUGAGCGAAGAGGAACGAGAGAAGAAGGAUCGCAGACUGAAGGACAGUUUGGAUCCUCUAAAGGAGAUGAAGAAAGCUUUAGGGGUUAAAGACCGACGAGAACACAAGAAGAAGGACAGAAGAGACAAAGGACAGAGGAGCAGCAGUGGAGACAGCUCCAUGGAACGAUUACGAGCCGAGCGUCUGCAGAGGGAAACCGAAGAGCGAAGGAAAGCCCGAGCUCUUCUGGAGCAGAGGAGCGGCAAAAGGAAGGAUCCCGGAGCUGAACUGAACGACAGAGAACGGCCGUACAACAGCGCCUACUUCCCCGAACUCGCCCGGAAGAAACAGAGGAGGGACCGGGACAGCUGGAGAGACGAGAUCCUGAAGUCCUGAGCUGACGUCUGGGUCGAUCCUCUGGAGGUUUCACAGUCGACAAACUGAAGCCAGAAACUGGAGAUGUGUGGCGUUUUCUGCUUUCUGUCCCUGAACUUGUUGGACGUUUGGUUCUGUCUGGAAAAUAACUGAAACGUUCAUUCAUGCUGCUCGAUGAGACGUUUAAAAAGCUCAAUAUAUCCAGCUGUGAUCGUCUGGAAAUCUAAUUCACCAAGAAAAGUAACAGAAAACGGAACAAAAUGAGUGAAAUAAACGUAGAAAAAUGAACCAAAACCUCUUUAAUAUCACAAAACUGGUCUGAAACGGCUCAGUUUGCAAAAAAUGACCAAAAAUGAUUGGAACCAAAAAACCACAAAGAUGAAACUGUCCGAGAAAACAAGACGAGACACAGAAUGACAGAAAUGAGAUAAAACUCCCAAAUAGACACAAAACAAGAAAACAAGACAAAGAAACGACAGAAAUGAGACAGAAAACGACCACAAAGAGAUGAAACUGUCCGAUAAACACCUAAAACAAAGAAAACAAGAUGGAAAAUGAGGGAAAAGAAAAAACUGUCCCAAAGACACAAAAUUACAUGAGCGAGACAAGAAAACAAACAUGAGACACAAGACGAAACAAAAUUAUACAAAAAAGAAACAAAAUUAUACAAAAAUGAAAAAAACAGAACAAAAUAUUAAAAAUGAGACACAAAACAAAGAACAAUCCAGUAUUUUACUUUCUGAUCCAAACAACUUGUCAUGGUCCAGAAAUAAUUUUAAAUUGAUAGUUUUACUCAUUUACAAUCUGCAGUUAAUGUCUUCUCUGUAAUUUUUACACUUUGAGGACCGGAUUGGACCCUCUGGAGGACCACUUUUGGUCCACGGGCCUCAUGUUGGACCCUCUGGAGGACCACUUUUGGACCACAGGCCUCAUGUUGGACCCUCUGGAGGACCACUUUUGGUCCACGGGCCACAUGUUGGACCCUCUGGAGGACCACUUUUGGACCACAGGCCUCAUGUUGGACCCUCUAGAGGACCACUUUUGGAUCACGGGCCUCAUGGUGGACCCUCUGGAGGACCACUUUUGGACCACGGGCCUCAUGUUGGACCCUCUGGAGGACCACUUUUGGACCACAGGCCUCAUGUUGGACCCUCUGGAGGACCACUUUUGGUCCACGGGCCUCAUGUUGGACCCUCUGGAGGACCACUUUUGGACCACAGGCCUCAUGUUGGACCCUCUGGAGGACCACUUUUGGACCACGGGCCUCAUGUUGGACCCUUUGGUUUAGAGCAGCAGAGAGGAUUUAAACUCUGGAUGAGGCUGUAAAAAUGUGUUUGUGUGGAGAGUCCGUUAUUUCCAGUGUUGGUGGUCGUUUGGAUUUCAUUGUAAAUAUUAAUUUCUCCUCUUUAUUUAAUGAUUCCAUCUUUGUAAGACAUUUCUGAGCUGCAGGACCUGAUAUCUGUGAAAAAUGAACCAACAGUGAAGAAAAGUGAAAAUAAAACCCCCAGAAACCAGUCAGACUUACAGUCUCCAAACAGCUGGAUCUGUGAACAAAAGAACGACUUUUAGGACCCAGAUGGUGUUUUUAUUUAUUUAUUGAGGUUUAUUAUGAAUUUGAAGCAUUUCACUUCAAAGCUCCUAAAAUGUGAGAAUUUGUGCUUUUUUUUCUUUUAAUGAAGAUCUUCAAGCUUUGCCUGUAAAAAGAAGCAGAUGUUCAGCAAGAAUAAAAGAAUAAACGCUAAA